AUGUCCGCGGGGAGCGCGACCCAUCCUGCAGCCGGCGGGCGCCGCAGCAAAUGGGACCAGCCGGCGCCCGCGCCCGCGCCCCUGCUCUUCCUCCCGCCCGCCGGCCCCGGCGCCGAGGUCUCCGGCGGCGCGGCGAACCCCGCGGGCCCCGCCGCCGCCGCCGCUCCCUCGGGGGCCUUGGACGCCGCCGCUGCCGUGGCCGCCAAGAUCAAUGCCAUGCUCAUGGCCAAGGGCAAGCUGAAACCCACGCAGAACGCGGCCGAGAAGCUUCAGGCUCCUGGGAAAGGCCUGACUAGCAAUAAAAGCAAGGAUGACCUGGUGGUGGCCGAAGUAGAAAUCAACGAUGUGCCUCUCACGUGUAGGAACUUGCUGACACGAGGACAGACUCAGGAUGAGAUCAGUCGACUUAGUGGGGCUGCUGUGUCUACUCGAGGAAGGUUCAUGACAACCGAGGAGAAGGCGAAAGUUGGGCCAGGGGAUCGUCCAUUGUAUCUUCAUGUUCAGGGCCAGACACGGGAAUUGGUGGACAGAGCUGUAAACCGAAUCAAAGAAAUCAUCACCAAUGGGGUUGUGAAGGCCGCCACAGGGACAAGCCCGACUUUUAAUGGGGCGACAGUCACCGUCUACCACCAGCCAGCACCAAUCACCCAGCUAUCUCCUGCUGUUAGCCAGAAACCUCCAUUCCAGUCAGGGAUGCAUUAUGUUCAAGAUAAAUUAUUUGUGGGUCUAGAACAUGCUGUGCCCACUUUCAAUGUCAAGGAGAAGGUGGAAGGUCCUGGCUGCUCCUAUUUGCAACACAUUCAAAUUGAAACAGGUGCCAAAGUUUUCCUGCGGGGCAAAGGUUCCGGCUGCAUCGAGCCAGCCUCAGGCCGAGAAGCUUUUGAGCCCAUGUAUAUCUACAUCAGUCAUCCCAAACCGGAAGGCCUAGCAGCUGCCAAGAAGCUCUGUGAGAAUCUCUUGCAAACAGUUCAUGCCGAGUACUCCCGGUUUGUGAAUCAGAUCAGUACUGCAGUGCCUUUGCCAGGCUAUACGCAACCCUCUGCUCUAAGUAGUAUCCCUCCUCAGCCACCAUAUUAUCCAGCCAAUGGCUAUCAGUCUGGUUACCCUGUUGUUCCCCCUCCUCAGCAGCCAGUUCAACCUCCUUAUGGAUUACCAAGCAUAGUGCCACCAGCUGUUUCACUGGCACCUGGAGUCUUGCCAGCAUUACCUACUGGAGUGCCACCUGUGCCAACACAAUACCCAAUAACACAAGUGCAGCCUCCGGCUAGUACUGGACAGAGUCCGAUGAGUCCUUUCAUUCCUGCUGCUCCCGUCAGGACCGCUUUGCCGGCUGGCCCCCAGCCCCAGCCCCAGGCCCCCCCCCCAACCCAGCCCCAAGCACAGAAGAGACGAUUCACAGAGGAGCUGCCUGAUGAACGGGAAUCUGGACUACUUGGAUACCAGCAUGGACCCAUUCAUAUGACUAAUUUAGGUACAGGCUUCUCCAGUCAGAAUGAGAUAGAAGGCGCGGGAUCGAAGCCGGCAAGUUCCUCAGGCAAAGAGCGAGAGAGGGACAGGCAGUUGAUGCCUCCACCAGCCUUUCCAGUGACUGGAUUAAAAACAGAGUCUGAUGAAAGGAAUGGGUCUGGGGCCUUAACAGGAAGCCAUGAUUAUCCAGCCAAGAAGAUGAAAACUACAGAGAAGGGAUUUGGCUUAGUGGCUUAUGCUGCAGACUCGUCUGAUGAAGAGGAGGAACAUGGCGGUCAUAAAAAUGCAAGUAGCUUCCCGCAGGGCUGGAGUCUGGGCUACCAGUACCCGUCCUCCCAGCCGCGAGCCAAACAGCAGAUGCCUUUCUGGAUGGCCCCGUAGGAAACAGUGGAACACAGCUCUGACUCUUAGCAAUAAUGCAUGCAUUUGAUGUAACAAGACUCUGGGGCCUGUUCGGAGAGCCAUCUUGGACCUUUGCAAAAAGUUAGAGAUGCAGUGUCUCGUCUUAAAGGGAUUUUAGUCUUUUAAAAACAUUCUUAUUUCUGCAGUGGCAUUAUAUCUGUUCAAAUUUACUUAGAAUCACAGAUUUGUCUCAAGCUUUUUAAUGGUGAAAUGUGUUUGUCCAGAGACGUGUCAGGACAAGGUUAUUCUCCUGUUUGCCUGGUCUAGCCUUUUCCCAACAAAUAGCCUCAACUUUGACAUAGAGAAAGUUUUGUUUGUAUUUUAAUACUGUUGGGUCAAUUUUGAUAAUAACUUGUUAUAUACAAAGCCUUACUGUUUAUUAGUGGGGAAAUGAUUUCAAGGUCAUCUUUUCCUUUCAGUACUUACAGUUCUAAGAACUCAUCCCUGUUUCAUUUUGGAUUCUUUCUGCUUUGGAAAAUGCUGUUUUACUAAUUUAAAAUUGUAUACAACUGGAACAUGAAGAGGAAAAUGAAGUAAUUUUUCCAUUAUGUCUUUUUAUUGGGGUGAUUGAACGUUGACACCUUAGGCAUAUUUGUCUCAGAUAGCCGCUGCUGUUGUCACUGACCUCCUAUGCUCCUGGCUUCAGCCGCAUCAAAGAAACUGACUGAAAGGUGGUCAGAACUCGUCACAGAAGUGAAGCACGGUGACCUGUCAGAACUUUUCACAGAAGUGAAAUGUGGUGACCUGUUUCUCAGAGCAGGUUGUAGCUACAUAGAUGCCAUGACACAUUAGGAUGGUGGACUUAAUGACCGUGAUGCAACCUGCCCUUUUUGGCAUACAGAUUUGCCAAAAGAACUUUUUUUGUAUCAGAUACCCAUGUGUGAAAGUGAAGGAGCUAGGCCGUGGCCAGGAGUGGUUUGAGAAACUGAACUGUCGUUUUUGCACAUUUGAAUACUUUGCAGGCUGGCUUUGUACAAACUUACUCCCUGCUUUCCUAUAUAUUGUAAAUAAUUAGAUAAUAAUUUCAUUAUAAAUAAAUGUAUAAAUAUUC